GCAGAUACCCCGUUUGGUGAGAGAGCACGAUUCUUUUUGCUUGCCAUUGCCCUGUGUCAUACAUGUGUUCCGGAGAUUGACAAGGAAACUGGUGAAGUAUUUUACCAGGCUGCCUCUCCUGAUGAAUUCGCUCUUGUGACUGCCGCAAAGGAAUUGGGUUAUGUGGUGGUAGAUAAAUCGAUGUCUUCUAUAUCACUUUUGAUCAACAACGAAAGUAUAAUUGGAUUGGAUACAACAAAUAAAGGUGCAGCAACGAAUGUAACGUAUCAGAUCCUGAAUGUCAUUGAGUUUUCGAGCAAACGUAAGAGAAUGUCUGUUGUUUAUCGUCUACCCGAUGGCAGAAUCUGUUUAUUUUGCAAAGGCGCCGAUUCCAUUGUUCUUGAAAGAUUAAGAAAUCCUAGAAAAUUCAGACAUAAGGAAAAAGGAUUAAUGGGUAGUGAUAAGGAGAAAUUGCAUCUGCAAGAAAGCGGCUACCCAAUAGAUAUCGUUGAUGAUCAAUCCGGAAUUUUCAAUCAAGAAACAUCUCACGAUCAUUCACACGAACGAAGCUACAGUGUAAAAUCAGAGCGAUCCGUGAUCGACUUAUUUCCAAUUCGCAAUGAAGCCUGGGAGUAUAGUGAGACGUUGUUUCACAUCCAGGAAUUUGCUACCGAAGGCCUAAGAACUCUACUAUACGCUCAUCGAUUCUUGGAUGAAGCAGAAUAUCAUGAAUGGAAUAAACUUUUUCAGGAGGCAUCGACCGCUGUAGUAGAUCGACAAAGGAAGUUAGAACAUGUGGCGGAAAUGAUUGAGCGCGAUUUGGAAAUAACUGGAGCGACCGCGAUUGAAGAUAAAUUACAAGAUGGUGUUCCCGAGGCAAUCGAUAAAUUACGUCGGGCUGGUAUUAAAGUUUGGAUGCUGACCGGAGAUAAACGAGAGACGGCAAUUAACAUUGGAUACUCAUGUUCGUUGAUCAAAAAUUUUUCCGAGACGCUUAUCAUAGAUUCCACCGUUCCCGAUCUUAAUUCGAUGUUAAAAAGGGCUUUGAAACAUGUUGGUAAUGGUAAAGCGAAACAUAUCGUGGCAGUAGUAGAUGGUGCAACUUUGAUAGUUAUUGAGAGAGAUGCAGAGCUAAUGGAAAAAUUUGUAUCAUUGGGAAUAUUGUGUGAUGCGGUUAUUUGUUGUCGCGUGAGUCCAGCGCAGAAGGCGCUUGUGGUGAAGAGUAUUCGAGAAAGAUUGAAGGCUACGGUGACCUUGGCAAUCGGUGAUGGUGCAAACGAUAUUGCGAUGAUUCAGGAGGCACAUGUUGGGAUUGGAAUCACGGGACGAGAAGGAAUGCAAGCUGCAAGAUCUAGCGAUUACUCGAUAGCUCAAUUUCGGUUUCUUACUAGCUUGUUAUUUGUUCAUGGCCGGUGGUCAUACAUUCGAGUGUCAAAAUUCGUAUUGGGGACAUUCUACAAAUGCAUAUGUUUUUAUUUGACCCAAGGGAUAUUUCAAUUUUUCACCGGAUUUUCGGGGACAAGUUUAUAUGAGGCAUGGACAUUAUCGUUGUACAACACUCUGUUUUCCUCAUUGCCGGUGAUAGUAGUUGGAAUAUUCGAAAAGGAUUUGAAACGCAGGACACUUAUAGGCGUACCAGAAUUGUAUCAAACUGGACAGCGUAAUGAGGCAUUUAAUCUUAAAUUAUUCCUUUUAUGGAUGGGAAUGGGAUUAUAUCACGCCAUGGUGAUAGUCUUGGUACCGGCGUUCCUGCAUGGGAUAUUUUUCUCGGAGGAACUGAACGAUUCGGGAACUCCUCAAUUGUUUGAUUUUGGAUUAGUUUCAUAUACAAGUGUGGUCUUUAUAGUAACAAGUAAGAUAGCAUACUUGGAAUGUCACAACUGGACACUGUUAACACAUGUUACAUCAUUCUUGACACUAUGCGGUUGGUUCCUGUGGCAGACCGUCUAUUCAUUUGUGUAUCCGGUCGGUGGUAAUGCAUUAUAUGAUGUACGUGGAUCCUUUCAACAUCAGGGGAAGGAAUCGAUAUUUUGGCUGUCAACGCUGUUAACAGUAUCAUUGGCCAUGAUACCAAACAUAAUAUUAAAAGCAGUAAAGUCUGUGAUAUCGCCUACUGAUGUAGAUGAAUAUCAGGAGAUUGAAAAGGACGCAGAACGUUUGCAAAAAAUUAUCGAGGAAGGGGAUGCUAACAAAGAAGAAUCUGACGAGGAAUUCGACAGUGAAAUAGGAGUGGGAUCAAGAAAAGAUUCGGGAGGAAAGCGCAGUGAGAAGAAGAAAGAUAAAUUUGAUUAUUCGGAGCAAGAUGUGAUAAUGAGUAAUGUUAAUUGUGGUGAGACGGUAACAUUAUCUACUGAUGACAAACCGAGGUAUCAGCUGAAAGAUAUACAACUUCCGUAUCAUGAAGAAAAUUCUUCUUCGGCUUCAUUAAUGUUUCACCAUGGUUAA